AGCGCUCGCCUACCAGCAUACCGGUAGCUGAUUGGCCGGGAAGGAGGAAGAUGCAGACGGGAGACUUCACAGUCGGCUUGGCCUCACUCUCCCGCCACUAAUCGGUGGUGUUUGCAUGAAGGCCGAGCCGAGCCACUGAGAGUCCGCAUCCAAGGGCCCCUGUGCUCCUACUCGCAGGUGUGGCCGUGUGAACGAUGCUCAAGCCAUGUCUGAUGUUGAGGUCACGUACGCCGACUUCAUCGCCUCCGGCCGGACGGGUCGUAGGAACGCCCUGCACGACAUCCUGCAGAGUCCCACUGACCCCGAGGGCCGAGAGAUGUCCCUGUCCUUGUCCCAGCUGCACAUCCAUGCAGGAGGGGGAGAUGCCAACGACACCGACGACAGCCCAGGUCCGUCGUCCUCGGCUCAAAGAGAGGCGCAGCAGAAGAACAGCUGAUCACACCGCUGUGGGACGGACCCCUGCCCGUGUUGGGCCCCCAGCCUCCCUUCACACCUGGCAGGUAGUCUGAGUUUAAAGGGACUAUCCAAGCUGCCUCGUCUAGUCCCUAAAACCUAAAAGGUGGAGACGAUGAAGCGGAACAGGCACUUUCCUCUCAAGUCCGGACUUUAUAGCGUGAGCUCUCAACUUGGAGGGAAGUGGAGAAAAGUUGUUGAAAUGAACACAUUUUCUUCCUGUAGUCAAUUUAGCGAGUGCUAAAAGCAGCGGAAAAGAGAGCAUGUGCUGGUUUUGUUGGCGUGGACCACUCUAAAGACGCGCUGAUGUGUGGCUAGCAUGUGUUGUGUCCACAACACUGUUGGCAACUUUGGACUGGCAGCAGUGCUGCAAACUUUGGGGGAAAAGAAACUUGAGGAUAUUUUUUGGCUGUGAAUUAAUUUAUGGAACUGAUUUUUUUAGCGUUUGAAUUUUGUGAACUUAAUUUUGCAUCAACUGACAAUUUCAUAACAUUUUCAGUUUAAUUUUGUAAUUUCUGCACUGAAUUUUUACACUGUGUAUUUUAACAUCAUUUCUAAACACACAUUUUGCUCACAAUUUUUUAUUAGAUGAAAUUGUCAGCAUUUUUUUGUGUGUGUUUAAAAAUUCCGUGUGUAAAAAUUCAGUGUAAAAAUGUUUGGUUGCUUCAAAAUUCAAGACCCUUUUAUUGUAAAUUAAAUGGAAUUAGAAAAUGA